AUGGGCCUGAGUAUGGCUGCCUGGGACUACCAGCACAUCAAGAAGGAAUCGGAUGUGGAAUGCGCCAACCGCAUCAUCAGACUCAUCGCCAACCUCUUCACUCUCGCCCCCAUCGGCCAGGACAUCUACGUCAACCACGCUAGCACAUACCGCGACCUGGUGAAAAAGCUCAAAGCUCUCCUGGAGCGCAAUAACAACAUCGAGCGCAAGAACAACAUCGAGCGCUGGAAUAUCGACAAUGAGGAGAUUUGCUGUGAGAGCUUGAGAGUGGUUGCCAAUCUCACCAGAAUAAAGGAGCUUUGCGCUGUGGUCAUCGAGGCGAAGAUCCACGAAGCCCUCCUCAUCCUGCUCGAGUCCACAUCCAAAGAGAUAGUAUAUUACUGUCUUGGCGUGCUCUCCAACCUCAUGGCCGAAAACAACUUCAGUUAUCUCCAUAAAUAUAAUCGAUCAAUGUUGUCGUCUGUCCUUUCGCGACGCCUGGCUCGUUUCUCUCAGUGGUUUUACCGCCCCUCGGUGCUGGAAUACCCCAUUAACCGGCACGACGCUGACCUCCUGCGCAACAAGCAACUCAUGGACGAAGCCAACAACAACUUCUCCAAGAUCCUCAGCAAGGCCACCGUGCAAACCGACAAAAAAGUCCUCGAUAAGAUGCACAAGGCUGGCAAACUUAUCGUCCGCUAACGCAUCCAGAAAUUAAUCGACCCAGGAUCUCCCUUCCUCUAGUUCUCUCCACUCGCAGGACAUGAACUCUACGGAAAGGAAGAGGUUAACUCCGGAGGCAUUGUCACUGGCGUUGGUCUUAUCUCUGGACGCUUCUGCAUGAUAGUAGCCAACGAUCCAUCGGUAAAGGGGUAAUUUUGGUCCUAUAAAGGAACGUAUUAUCCCAUCACCGUGCGCAAACACUUGAGAGCGCAGGAAAUCGCACUGGAGAACAAGCUGCCCUGCUUCUACCUGGUGGACUCAGGAGGUGCCAACUUGCCACGCCAGAGCGAGGUCUUCCCAGCUUAGGGACAUUUUGGACGUAUCUUUUACAACAUGGCUCAAAUGUCUUCCAAAGGCAUCCCGCAAGUCUCCAUGGUCCUCGGCAGCUGCACUGCUGGAGGCGCCUAUGUUCCUGCAAUGGCUGACGAGAAUAUUAUCGUUAAGGGCAACGGAACAAUCUUCCUCGCAGGACCUGUAUUCCCUUUGCUAUUUCCUCUGGUGAAAGCAGCCACUGGUGAAGUCGUUUCCGCUGAGGAGCUGGGAGGAGGAGCUGUUCAUACCAGAAUUUCGGGUGUUUCUGAUCACCUUGCCGAGAACGAAGAGCAUGCCCUUUGGCUCGGACGCAACAUCGCUGCCAAUGUACGGACUCAUGUACUUCUGAACACUCCUAAAGUUACUCUGGAUCUGUCUGGCAUCUAAGAGCCACUCUACGACCCAGAAGAGCUCAACUAUAUCGUGUCGACCGACCUCAAGAAGACCUUCGACACACGUGCAGUCCUUGCUCGCAUUUUGGACGGCUCCAAGUUCGAGGAAUACAAGAGCGAAUACGGAAAAUCGCUGGUGACUGGUUUCGGACGUAUCUACAACCAGCAGGUGGGAAUUGUGGCAAACAACGGGAUUCUGUUCAGCGAAUCGGCAGUGAAAGGAGCCAACUUUGUUGAGAUCUGCUCCCAGCGCAGUCCCCUUAUCUUCCUGCAAAACAUCACCGGCUUCAUGGUCGGCAAGAAGUACGAGCACGAAGGCAUCGCCAAGCACGGCGCCAAGAUGGUCAACGCAGUCUCCACCACUGCCGUCCCCAAGAUCACCUGCAUCAUCGGCGCCUCAUACGGAGCAGGCAACUACGGCAUGUGCGGUCGGGCCUACGACCCCCGCAUGCUCUACAUGUGGCCCAAUGCCAAAAUCGCAGUGAUGGGAGGAGAGCAAGCAGCAGGAGUGCUCACACAGGUCAAGGCUGCACAGCUUCAGCGUGAAGGCAAGGAAUUCCCACCUGAGGAAGAGGCACGCAUGCGCAAACAGACAAUCUAGCUGUACGAUAAAGAGUCAAGCUGUUAUUACUCCACUGCUCGCCUGUGGGAUGACGGCGUGAUCUUGCCUGAAGAUACAAGGAAAGUCCUAGGUCUAUCAGUGCUGAUUGCCUCCAGCAACAUCGGAGAGACCAAGCACGGAGUAUUCAGGAUGUGA